AUGAAGUUCUACAAAACACUCAUCUCCAUAGCAAUGUCAUCACCCCCCACCAACAUACAAUCCGCAGCAAUUCGCACCCUCUCCACGUACCUUUUAAAAUACUCCUCAAAACUAAACGGCAUUCUCCUCUCAUACACCCUGUUAGGUACCACCGAAGAGUACACCAUGGUGUACGACAGUGCUGAGGUGGUAGGUACCUUUCUGGUUGAGUGUGUUGUUAUGGAGGUGUGCGGUGAUGUGGUUGAGGUUGUUGAUGGGUACGCGGUUGGAGUGUUUUAUGUGGGAGAUUGCACACAUUUUCAUGUGAAGGGGGUUGUACAGGGAAAGGGGAAUGCUGAGUUGGUAGGUGAUAAGCUUAACUAG